ACUCCAUCAAACCGUUGAAGAAGAGUUGUCAUCGUAAACAUAAGGCUAUGGCAGACGACAGAGGUGGAGGUGAAGACAUUAACGACAACAUGGGCAACCAGCUACAGCUAUUUCCAGGGGACGGAGAGGACGAAGACGAGGAGGAAGAUGGCAUGGACGCUGAAGACCGAGAUAAUGAGGAGGCAACGAAGCCCAGCAUUAUCACCUUCGACCCGAGUCUACCUACUUCACACGCUUAUCUGGGCUCGGACAUGGAGGAGUUUCACGGUCGCACCGUCCACGACGAUGACAGCUGUCAGACCAUUCCCGUGCUUCCACACACGGCUGUGAUGCUGGUGCCUGGACAAACUCUGCCUCUGCAGCUCUUUAGGCCGCAGGAGGUCAGCAUGAUAAGGAGUGUCAUACAGAAGGAUCGAACGUUUGCUGUGCUAGCACACAGUGACGCAGGCGAGCCAGAGGCAGAGUUCGGAACUACUGCAGAAAUCUACGCAUACCGGGUGGAGCAGGAGUACGGCAUCGAGACGGUCAAAGUGAAAGCUGUGGGAAGACAGAGAUUCAAAGUCCAUGAGCUAAGAACCCAAGCAGACGGGAUUCGACAGGCUAAAGUCCAGAUCCUUCCAGACCGAAUCCUUCCCGAUCCUCUCUCUGCUAUUCAGCUAAUGCCCCUCUCCAGGCUUGUCGUUCAUCCUUCCUCCAAGCCCCCAACUCAGAGCUGCAAGCAGGCCGAAUGCUGGUGGAAUAACUACCAACAGAGGAAGUUUCACUGUGCCAGUCUGACCCCCUGGCCAGCCUGGGUCUACGCCCUGUACGACUCUGAGUCGCUCAUGAACCGAAUGAAGAAGCAACUCCACGAGUGGGACGAGAAUCUGGAGGAUGACUCUCUCCCCACAAACGCCAUAGACUUUUCUUACAGAGUGGCGGCCUGUCUGCCCAUAGACGAUUCGCUCAGGCUUCAGCUGCUGAAGAUCGGCAGUGCCAUUCAGAGGCUUCGCUGUGAGCUGGACAUAAUGGAUCGGUGCACAUCUCUGUGCUGUAAGGGGUGCCAAGACACAGAAAUCACCACCAAAAAUGAGAUUUUCAGCUUGUCUCUGUACGGCCCCAUGGCUGCCUAUGUCAAUCCGCACGGGUACGUCCACGAGACUCUCACCGUCUACAAGGCUAACAACCUCAACCUGGUCGGCAGGCCGUCCACGCUCCAUAGCUGGUUUCCAGGGUACGCUUGGACAAUCGCCCAAUGCGGAAGCUGCGGCUCUCACAUGGGCUGGAAGUUCACCUCCACCAAGAAUGACUUGUCUCCGCCUCGUUUCUGGGGUCUGACCCGCUCGGCCCUGCUCCCCCGUAUCCCCUCCGACGAGGGCGAGGACGGGCGGGACGGCUCUCGCCUCUUCUGCCUGUGACGUUUCACCUCCCGCUGUGAUUGUCGUGUCAAAACUCCUGCCUGGUUGUGUUGCCUCCAAGUAAUCACUACAUCACAUGCUGUCACCCUUGGCAGUCAACCCAUCAUAUUAGCAGAAAGGUCAUCCAACCUUCACUUGAGCAGCAUAUGCUAUCGGAGGGAGGCGGCUUGUUCUUUAAGCUUCUUUAUAUGUAGACACAUAAGAGACGCGCAUCCCCGUUGGUGGUGGUUUGAGCAUGCCGCUCCGCCGCCAGAGCGUUUGUCCGGCUGACAGAAAAGCAGAAAAUGCAAAUGUCAUGCUUUUGCCCUCCAGCUCUUGUCCUCCACGGGGUUUUGGAGCUUGAGCGAACAGCCUAUCAGGAUUCCUGAAGAAGGUGCACUUUUUGUAUUAUUGAUGCCCGUCAUCAAUAUCUCAUUAAGUUUGCUCGAGCUCACUGUUGAUGUUUUGGAAACUCUGAAAUCAAAGCGGUUGUAUUUUUGUAUGCAGAUAAGCUGGAUGAUGAUGAUGAUGGACUACAAGGCGAGUGUGCUUUGUGCUCUAAUGGCAGUAAUGACCCCUUUUUUAAAGGUCACAGCUAAUUUGAAAUAAGUGGGAGAAGAGCAUUUAGCCAUCAUUUAGAAUGUUCCGGCUUUUGAAGCAUUUCCUGAACAUGAUGGAAAAAAUGUACAGUAUGUUCACGAAUGAAAAAAUGUGAUACGACGGCGUUCUCUUGAGCUUAUAAAGCUGCUCUCAAAAUGUGCUGUAAAAUGCUGAGUUAUGUUCAUCAAUGAUCUUAAUUAAAAUUGCACACAAUACAAUAUGCAGCCAUUACUUAGAAUGUCAA